AUGAAGGUGGGAGUGACGAAAAUGGUGCAGAUAACUUUCAAUUGUAAAGUUGAUGAUUUAAAAUUGUGUAGCAAAGUUGAAAAGACUUUCGAUAAAGCUGUUAACAUUAUAUCAUCUAGUAUAAAAUUUAUUAAUCCAAUCACAGUUAACGCCACGUUCAUGGAUUUUUGUGCUCAAUUAAAUCAAUGUGGAUCUGAUGCUGAAUCAAUUACUUUAGGUGGUGCGGUAUCACUUAGGAAUAUGAUUAUUAAGGAUUAUGAUGACGAUAUCUCGAGAAUUUAUCCACAAGCACUUGUUAAACAAUUAAAUAGUCAAGAUCAUCCAGAGUUUCUAGGCUAUGACAUAUUGGCAUUAUUUAAUAGUGAAGCAAAUUAUUGGUUCGAAGAAGAUGAUGAAGGCGGUAAAAUAGGAGAAGAUCAAUUAGAUUUUUUGUUUGUCGUGGUACAUGAAUUAAUUCAUGGAUUAGGUUUUACAUCAGGAUGGAAUGAUUAUAUUAAUAAUCAAGAAGAUAAAACAACACCAGAAAUUUUGACGCCACAAAUAUCAGCAAAAUUUAAUCCAACAACCGGUGAAGUGAUAUUUGAAGGUUUCAUAGAGAGUAUUUUUGAUAAAUAUCUUGUUAUCUUUACCUCCUCCUCUUCAACGGGCGACUACAACUGCAAAAGACUUUCAGAUAUAACAAAAGAAUUAAACAAAUUUGCCGGUGGAAUUGGCGCAAUUUUUAAAUCGAGAAAUGAUUUUUUUUCUGCUUUUAAAGCUUCUCCACAAUACCAAUUAGCUUUGAAAUUAAUGAGAUAUGCUACUAUUCCCAAAUCUAUUGGAUUUUUACUUAAAGAUAACAGUAAUACAAAUUGCAAUAAAGAUAAAAAUGAUGUUGUCAUACUUGAAACUAGUAUUAGUCCUUAUGUAACAGGGUCAAGUAUUUGUCAUUUGGAUUAUAAUACUUAUUCGAUAAAUGGUGAUUUCCUAAUGAGAUUUAUACAAGAUCGUGGCAUUACUUUAAAUGAGGAAAUUCAAUUGGGUGGUAAUUAUAAAGGCGGAUCAAUCGGCCCGAAAUUACGAUUAAUUCUAGAAUCAUUAGGGUAA